AUGGAAGACGCAAAAAGAAGAGCUUUGAUCAAAUCCCAAGCCGUCAAGAAGAGGGAAUCCGGCGAGGUGGUACCUAAGGUGUCGGCUUCAGCCCCUAAGAGGAAACCGACAUCAAAAUCCGACCGUCCAUUUAAGCAACCAAAGGUCUCUCUUGAACCUGUGAUUGGUUUAAUGGCUGAGGGUAACAAGACCGUCACCCCAGCUAAGCAGGGGACGGGUAAAGGAUUGAUGACGGCCCCAGACGGUAAGCAAGAGAGACCUCCUUCCCUUCUCCGCGACGACUCCAAGUAUGCGUUGGAGAAGCUGUCGUCCAUCAUCACGGCGGAAGACUAUGAAGAUCUUGGAAACCACUCGACGGAGGCCAUGGGGGAGACGGGCCUCUUUGCCGUUGCUCAGUCCUUGGUCAUGAUGAAGGGAUUACUGGACCGGUGUCUCAACCGUGAGAGUACCUUGGACCGGGUGCGCGCGAAGGCGGAGCAGACGGAGGAAGAGCUCGGACAACUCCAUAAAUGGAGGUCCAAGAUGGAGAAGAAGCUGGAGCUUUCUGAGAAGGCAAGGAAAGAGCUGGAGGAGAAGACGGUUGCUGCGUUGACGGUCAUUGAGAAGAGGGAGGCGGAGAUUAAAGAACUCAAGGAAGAGAUCCGUCAUGUGAAAGAGGUAGCCGUCGAAGAGUACCGCAGCUCAGAGUCCUGCUUGGGCGAGCUGUCAGAUUCUUUCCUUCAAGGCUUCGAUGAUUCUCUCCGUCAGGUCAAGAAGGCCUAUCCAGAGUUGGAUUUGUCAAUGGUCAAACUUGAGGACCAAGCCCAGACUUCUGCCCUCCCCGUCGCCUCCGAAAAUACGGAGGACCUCUUUGGCGAAGACGCUGUUCAAGGAGACGGAGAGUCCGUCCCGUCGAAGGAUGUCCAAGUCGCUGAACAAAAGAAAGAUUAAUGUCUAUGUAAUUUAUUUUGAGAACAAUCCGUCCCUUUUUUUUUUUUUUUUUUAAUUUACAUUUCAGAACAAUCCGUCCUCUUUAAUUGUAUUAAACACUUGCUUUUUGGGCUUUUGGCUUAAUGUUCAUAUAUGCUUUCUAUCAUUGUUUGGUACUUUGUUUAAAGGUCCGUCCUCCUUCUUGAGGAAGGAUUUUUAUGAGAAUAUUUUGUUUAUCCGUGAUACUCCGUCCACAUUGCAGACUUAUCAUUUUGUGUUGAUUGAGCAUUUACA